UAGCAAAACGGUAACAUGAAACGUCAAAGUAACAAAAAUUUAAUGUUUGAAAUAAAAAUCGAAGAAAAUUUGGAUAAAUUUCAUCGACAAAAAAUCUAUCCGCCACGUCCGGGUCAAACAACGCCCCCCAAUAAGAAAACCAAUAAAAGAAAAUUAUUUCAUCAGCAUAAAUGGAAUAUUAUCAAGCGUCACUGGCGUAUCCAUCAGGAUCGGUGUGAACAGAAGCAAAUACAACAAAUCCAUGUGAAGCGGAGGCAACCAUCUGUCGAGGAACUGCUGAAGAUUACAACUCACAUUCAGAUGUUACAGCACACAAUCAUCACUCUGGCCACCUUUUUGGCCAAUUGUCGCCGCAUACCCUUGAUCUGGAUAUUUUUUCGCAAUGGCUUGUCUAUAGUUUUCAAUACCUAUAAUUUGGUAGUUUUCCUCUUGGCCAUGGCCUAUGGUGGCCCAGCAAAAAGUCCUUUGAGUUUGGGAUUGUUAUUCCUCUUCUAUGGCUAUCAUAUUUUGAUAUCAUUUUUAGAGACUUUUUUGACUAUCCUCGUCUAUCAGAGUCUUAAUGAAGAGAUCCGAAAAGCUGGGCCAAUAGCGGAUGAGUGGAAUAUUUACAUAACGGAUGACAGGAUUAAGACAAGGCUUUCUCAAUUAUCCUAUCUCGUCAAUAAUAAUGUGAAGACGUUUACGCUGUACGGUCUGAUCAACAUAAAUGGAUCACUGAUACGCUCGCUCAUUUCGGGAACGGUAACCUACAUCAUAAUUCUCAUCCAGUACAGUGAAGAUGGUGAAAUAUAUCAGGUUCAACAAAAUCACACUAAACAUAAAUAAACUUCAAAAAAAUUUGGAUAGAUCUUGGCUGCAGCUAAAUUUUGGAUUUGCGAAAAAAAUGUUCCCAGCAAUUUCGGUAGACCUAAGCACACACAUGUUCGCUGAAAAUCACUUCUAAGCUAUAAAACACAUAAAUCUUUAAGUUUUAUAACUUUAAACUACUUAUGAAAAAUUCGUUCGUUACACAGAUUAGAUGGGAUGGAGGGAAGGAGGGGUAGGCAUCAGGACGGACACAUGGACCCAGAAGGCAGACCAUAUAUGCGAACAAAUAUCCAUGUGUUCACCUACUG